UGUUAUGUUUUUUAAGUUUGUUUAUGAUUGGCAGCUGAUACGCGCAAGAAUUGUUUUGAAAAUGAGAUUUUCUUAGCUAUCUUCUAGGAUUUUGAAUUUUUUGUAACCAUGAUUUUUUUAUCUAAAUAUGCUAAAAUUUUACAAAAGUUAUUAUUAUUUUUACUGAGACAAUAUUUGAUUUAAAUCUUUGUGACCAAUCGUUUUUCAUUUAAAACAAUUUUUUAAUCCCAAUUUAUGUGCUGAUAUCUAGCUCCAAAAUAAUGGGCAAAAAAAUUGGCGUGCGUGAUAAGUAUGCUUUCAGCAUGAAUGAAGCUACCUUGUAAAAGAAAUCCAAUACUCUGUAAAAUAUGAAGGUCAGAAGAAUGAUUUUACAUGGGUUAUGAACUUUACCUCUUUGAUGAUCUGUCUCUUGUAUGAUGGGUGAUAUGUUAAUUACACAACCAGAAAAAAACUCUAUUUUUGAAGUCAGUGGAAUGCUUCAAUCUUCAUUUAAUAAGCUCUUUGAGUUUCUACAAAAAGAAAUACUUUGUGAUGUUGUGAUAAAAGCUGGCAGUAAAUCUAUAAAGUGUCACCGUAAUGUGUUAGCUUGUUGUAGCCCUUAUUUUCAAGCUAUGUUUACAACUCCUUUAGCUGAAAGUAAGCAAAAUGUGAUAACAAUAGGUGAUAUUGAUGAAACAACUAUGGAAAUGCUAAUUAAAUUUGCGUAUACUGCCAAGAUUGAAUUGAAUAUAUCAAAUGCUCAAGCGUUGUUACAUGCUUCUUCAGUUCUACAGUUUGAUUCCUUAGCUCAAACCUGCUGUGAAUUCAUUGGCUCACAACUUCAUCCUAGUAACUGUCUUGGAAUUCGUCAGCUGGCCCAUCAACUUAAUGAAUUACAACUUAUUAAAGCUGCUGAUGAAUUUACUAAGUUGCAUUUUAGAAAAAUCAUCUUAGAAGAAGAGUUUGUUUCCAUUAGUGCCAAACAUUUAGAAGAAAUAAUAUCAUCUCAGGAUCUUUUUGUAGACAAUGAAAUAGAAGUUUACGAAGCAGUCAUGCUUUGGAUCAAACAUGAUGUAAACAAAAGGAGAGAUUCACUUUCAAAAUUACUCUCAAAAGUUCACCUUCCUCUUUUACCGCUGUCAUAUUUGAGAAUGUAUGUAGAUUCCGAUUCAUUAGUGAGAAAAAAUUUAGAAUGCCGAGAUUUAUUAGAUGAAGCUAGACAUUAUCAAUUGUGGCAAGUUAGUAGAUUGCCAACCACCCACUUGCCAGUCAAUCAAAGAACAAGACCUAGGAAGAGCUAUGCUGGGGUGAUAUUUUGUGUUGGAGGAAGAGGAAUGAAUGGCAACCCUUUUUCAUCUAUAGAAUUCUAUAGUUGGUACCAUCAAAAAUGGGUUAAACUGAAUAGUAUGUCUACAAGUCGUCGACAUGUAGGAUGUGUUUCUUUAAAAGGUAAAAUAUAUGUCGUUGGUGGUCGUGAUGAAAAUGUUCAUAUGUCAAGUGCAGAGGUCUUUGAUCCUAUGACGAAUGAAUGGUCUUCUUUGUCCUCGAUGUCUACUCCAAGGCGAGGCCUUGGACUUUGUUCAAUGGGUGGCCCUGUAUAUGCAGUUGGUGGCUUAGAUGAUGUUGUUUUCUAUUCCAUUGUUGAAAGAUAUGAUGUUAAUUCUGAUGUAUGGAGUGUUGUUGCCCCAAUGAACUGUGCUAGAGGAGGAGUAGCUGUUGUAAAAUUGAAGGGUUUGAUGUAUGCCUUAGGAGGAAAUUGUGGACAAGUAUCAUUGAAUACUUGUGAAGUAUAUGAUCCUCAUCUUGAUAAAUGGACUUUUAUAUCACCAAUGAAUAGAUGUAGAGCUGGAGCUGGGGCUGCAGUAUUAGAUGGUGUCAUCUAUGUAAUUGGUGGAUUUGAAAAUAAUGUUCCUUUAAAUUCAGUCGAAAAAUAUGACCCAGAUACUGAUAAAUGGGUCUUUGUUAAAUCAAUGAACUGCAAUCGAGGUGGAGUUGGAGCUGCAACGCUUGGUGGUUAUAUUUAUGCUAUUGGUGGCCAUAAUGGAACUCAUUAUUUAAAUGCUGUUGAAAUCUAUGAUGUGGAAGAAGACAGGUGGAGAAUGGGUCCAGAAAUUAGUGACUGCCGAGCUGGUGCUGGUGUGACAUGGUGUUCUCUAUCAUCAGAUUGCUUAAAUAAGCUUUGUCAACCUAAAAGUCCUAAUAAAAAAGAUAAAAAUUCCUCAAAUGUCACAGAAAUUCACACAGCAUCUUGCUGAUAAUGUGAUGGCCUGAGACAUGCAAUAUUUAAAAUUUGCAGCAAUAUUGCCUGCAAUAUUUAAAAUUUGCAGAUUGUCAUAAGAAUAGUGUGCACAUUUUUGUGCCUCCAAGGUAUUAACUUACCCAAAGAAUAAAUGCUCAUUUACUUUUUUUCCAACAACUGUCAGCUUUAUAUUUUCUCAUAAGCUAGUUUUAUACAAAUGUUCCUAUCUAUAAUUAUAUGUGGACAUAUUUACUUUAAGAUAUUUUGUGCUUUAUUGUUUAUAUCAUUAAGAAUUCCUAAGUUAUUUGUGAUGCUGUUGCUAGGUAAUUAUGUCUGUCUUCUGAAAACAUGGUUUUUGUUCAUGUAAACUUUUUAUAUUUUUAUACAUUUGCCAAUUUUUUGGUUUUAAGAAGUGAAUUUUUUGUAUUACCCUUUAUUAUUGUAGAGCUUCAGUUUUGACUAAGUAAAACUUCCCAUCUUAAAACUAGUUUCAUAAUAAAUGAUCAAUUUUAAACUAAAGUUUGCGCGAAAUACUUAAUUUUAAACUAAGAGACUUGUUGAAAUAAGCAUUCAAACUUGAAAUUUUAUAGUAAAAACAAAAAAUCUUUUUAUAAAUGGAAAAUACUUUUCCUAUUUUCAUUGUAAUUAGCAUUAAAUACUAUAACUUUUUUAUUUAUUAAUUUAUAAUAUGCAUUUUGAUUGUGUACAUACAUGUAUGUAUAUAUCAGAGUUCUCACUGAAUUAGGAAAGUGCGGUAUUGCCUGGAAAUUUUAUUUUUAUGAAAAAAAAUCGAGAUGUUUGAUGUCAAUACCCAUUUCGUUUUUGUUCUAUUUUAAUUGGAGUUUCAUUGUGUCAUCUUUAUAGUUGUACAUUCUUCUAUGUUAUUGUCAUUCUUUUUCCUGACGCAUUGCAGCAGCUGCUUGUAUUAUAUGUGUGACAUUUUAUUUGUAAUGUCCUGCAUUAUGUUCACUUAUUUAAUACUGAGAAUGCUUUUUUUAGCCAAGUGCUGGAAAAAUUUUGCCGGAAAUCUUAAAAUUUGAGAUAACAAAUAAAUCUAACCUCCAUUGCAAGUAUUUCCUAUAAAUCUUCCAAGACAUGGUAUUCAUAAGCUUGUUGAAAGUUAAAUAUAAAUUUGCAAAAUACUUAUUUCUUGUUUCAAAUUUUUCUCUAUUAUAACCACUUCAUAUAUUCAUUAAUAUAAUUAACUUGGUUAGUGAUAAUAAUUUAAUAUCUAUUGCAACUUUCUUUUAACCAAGCUUUAUGUAUAAAUAAAUGUUGGUUCUUAUUUUAUUUUUAAUUCUGAUUUAAUUUUAUAUUGUUAAUACGACUAUUACAUUAUGAUUUUUUUUUUAUAAUUUAUAUUCUUUUACUUUUAAAUUUACUUACUAAAUCUUCAUCUACAAAAACAUGGGUUUCAUUCCUUUUUUUAAUAAAAAUGGCAUAUAAAACAAUGCUGUCUAAUUUUGUUCACAUUUUCCUGAAAAUAUAAGGAAAAUUUAUUUUUGAAAUUAAACAGGACCCUGAUAUAUAUACAUAUAUAUGUACACACACAAUUUGUGUUUCACAAAAGUUGGGCAAAACGUGAAAGGAAGGUAGGGCACAUCAUGGUUGAGAAUCAUAUAACAUCUAAUGCUAGGAAAUAUGUUAAGGAAGUUGCUAAAAAUUAUGAACUAGCUGUUAGUAUUCAUUUGAAAUGCUACUUUUAUUAAUAUAAGUUAUUUUAAUUUUUUGAUAGUCGUGUUUUUAUCAAUUUUUGUCUAAAAUUGUAUUCAAACAGGCCUGAAAAUAGCUAUUUGUAGUAAUUUAAUGAUUUGACAACCAAUUGGUGAUGUUAACUAGAUGGAAUUUAAUAACAUUUCUUGUAAAAGGAAUAUGUUGCUAAGCAAUUCACAUUCUUCAUGAUGUGCCUUGCCUGUAUAUACAAAGUCUAAAGACAGUUUACGAAAAUUAAUAUGCUCUAGACAUUUAUAAAAAUAUUCAAUUUCAUAGUCAAGUAAUAGUUUCUAUUCUUCAACAAACGUAAAUGUUGCAUUCUAGCUAGAAGUAAAAUAACUAGAGUAAGUCUACCAAUUUUGUUGGAUCGUAACAAAUACCAGAUGCGAGAAAAUUUUUUAAACUUUUAUUUAUUUCUAGUGAUGAAAAUAUGCUUUUAUUUAUAUAUUCUAACUUUCAAAUCUUCUUAUAUUUUGAAAUGGUCAAACCCAACCUUUUUUUAUUUUUUAUUAUUGAAAAAUAAAUAUUUUUCAUUCUAGAUAAAGAUAAACAAAUUUCAUUUUGAAUUUAAAAUGUAAAUGCAUUAUUAGAUAUUUUAUUUUGUUAUUUUUUUUAACUUUAUAUUUAAUUGCUGUGAUUAAUAAUCAAUUUUAAAAACAUUUAUACUGUGAAUAAGUUUUAAAAUUUAAUUAUAUUAACUUGCCGCCCCUUCCAUGUGUGUGUAAAAAUUAAAUUACUGAUAAAGUUGAUUAAAAAAAUAUUUUCAACGCUGUUGUCUAUAAAUAUUAGAGUAGGAGCCAAUGUAAUUGUCAAAUAGUAGUUUGGAAAUUUUACACAGUUAAAAAAUAAUUUAUUAAAAAGUUCUAAAACAUAUACAUAUCUUCUAAUUUUUUCUCAAAUUAUUUUCUCUGUAUAUUGAUACUUUUCUUUGUUUUAUUGAUACUUUUGUUUGAAAUUAGUUUUUUUAAUAGUGACCACCACUAAUAAAAUCCCUGGUUUAAGAAAUAGCUGCUUUUUAAAAUCAAAUCAUCAAGAACAGGAUCAUCACAAUAUUUGUUGAAACCAUCCUUUAGAUAAAUUAUAAUUUAAUGAAAUCAACUUAUCUUUUAAAAACAAGCUUUUGGAGAUUAAAAAAAAUGCUUUCCUCCUUAUCUGAUUUUUUUUGUUGUUUGUUUCAGUUUUGAAAGAUGCAUACAUAGCAUACAAAUAAAUUUCAAUCUGCCACCCGAGAGUAAAAAGAACAAUGCUCUAGGUAAAGCUUGCAUUUUGAAAUAGGUUAAAGUGAAAUAAAUAAAACAGAAAAUGGUGUAUCAGCACCAAAAAACAAUUGAAAAUUAUUGAAUGCCCAAAAUCAUUAAUAUUAAUGAUCACCACUCAUUGAUUAACUCUCACAGUUAAGAAAAAAUAAAGCAAAGCGGUAUUGAAACAGCAUUCAAAUGAAAUAAGCUAAAGAAUAGAUAGAAUGUUUUUUUAUUCAAUGAGAUACACCACGUAAGUAAAAGAUAUCCCUUCUGUUAGUCAUUUUGUCAAAUAAAAGAAGUCUGGCCAUUAUGUCUAUGAAGAAUUUUAAACCAGUUCCUGUUUAUGUUGUAUUUCAAUGCGGGUUGAAACAGCAUUCAAAUGAAAUAAACUAAAGAAUAGAUAGAAUGUUUUUUUAUUCAAUGAGAUACACCAUGUAAGUAAAAGAUAUCCCUUCUCUUAGUCAUUUUGUCAAAUAAAAGAAGUUUGGCCAUUAUGUCUAUGAAGAAUUUUAAACCAGUUCCUGUUUAUGUUGUAUUUCAAUGCAGCUAUCAAUAAAGGUUGAGGGUACAUUUUAACAUUCAUUUUAAGUUGAUUUUGUUAAUGUGUAAAGUAAAGUGUCUAAUAGGCAAGAUUUAAGUGUCAUGGAUAAUUAAGAAAUGUAUUAGAAUUUAUGCUUGACAUUUGAGAUAAUAUUCAAAAUUAAAAACUUAUACAAAUUUCUAAUUGUUGAAUUCAAAAUCUGUUAAUAAAUCAACAAUACACCAAUAUUUUAAGACCCUUCUGAAAGUAAAAAAUAUUUAAUCAAAAUAUCAAACGUAAAGUUUAUGAAAUAUACUGCUUUAUACGAUCAAACGUCUUCCUAACGAAUAUGAUAUUAAUUAACAACGGACACUGCAUUGUAUAAUUUACUUGCCAUAUUAAGGUAAAAUUUGUUACUUUUAAACAUGAAUGAAACAUUUAUUUAUUGCAUGUUUUUGAAUAUUUUUUAAUUCAUGCGAACUUUGUCUUUCAAUAUGUAUGUGAUAAAAUAGUGCAUUUUUUUGUUUCAGUCACUUGUUUGUUUUCACCAAAGACUUAAGCUUGCUUUGAUUUAUGUAUGUUCAUUUCUGUGUUUGAUAAAUUUCUUAAGUACUGAUAUUAAAAUAUUUAAAAGAA